CGACUUCCGGUGACAACUUUUCAGCCAUCUUUGACGACGGCUGUCCUUCCCAAUAAAGCUUCUUCUCUCUCUUUCUCUCUCACAUUCUGUCCCUCUCUCAACGUGUCUUACGUGGCAUUAGCUGCAGGAUUCAUUCUUCUUCCUUAUUCCCACCAUCGCCUCCCCGUAUUUCCUUCCUGCUCUCUCACAACAACCACCAAGAGCCGCCUGCCGACCAUUUGACCGUUCCACGUUCCACUCCAGCUGAUCUUGGCUCAAUUCGACCAUGGAUACUUUCUUCUUCUUCUCCCUGUUCGUGUUGUCGCUCCUUGCGGCCCUCCUGCCGCAGUCCACGCUCGGCUAUUUCGUCAACAUCGACGCCCAUGCCGAAGAAUGCUUCUUUGACAAAGUGGUGUCCGGCACCAAGAUGAGCCUCAUGUUUGAGGUGGCCGAAGGCGGAUUCUUGGACAUCGAUGUCAAGAUCUACAGCCCUGACGGCAAAGUAAUCCACACGGGUGACAGGGAGUCCAAUGGCAAGUACACCUUUGCAGCACACAUGGACGGCACCUACAAGUACUGCUUCAGCAACAAGAUGUCUACGAUGACCCCUAAAGUCGUGAUGUUCAGUGUAGACAUUGGUGAGAAGCCCAAGGACACAAACAACAUGGACACCGAUUCACACCACAGUAAACUGUCUGGCAUGAUUGAUGAGCUAUCGACAGCCCUGACAGGUGUGAAACACGAACAGGAAUACAUGGAAGUCCGCGAGAGGAUCCAUCGAGCCAUCAACGACAACACCAAUUCUCGGGUGGUGCUGUGGUCAUUCUUCGAAGCCGUAGUCUUGGUCAUAAUGACCCUCGGUCAAGUCUAUUAUCUCAAAAGGUUCUUCGAGGUGCGGAGGGUCGUGUGAGGCGGACGACCGACGUGGCGCGGGACGUGAUGCAACAUGGUGUUUAAAAAGAUUAAAAGAAAAAAAAAAACAAAACACACACACACACACAAACAACAAAAUAAGAAAUUUGAAA